AUGCAUUUUCCUCAUCAUCGUUUAUCACGAGAAAUAAUUAAUGAUGGAUCUCGAUCAUUGAAACCUGAUCGUGAUGUUGGUCUUUCAUUUUUAUAUCGUUCAACACGAGGAAAAGCACGUUUAAGUCAUUCAACAUUUCCUACUUAUUAUUCUUUAGCAUAUAUACCAAUGCCAUAUUUACCAAAAAAUAAUACACGUACAGUUCAUUCGAAUGUUCAAAUAUCAUUAUAUAAUUUUCUUGAACGACCAGCUGGUCUCAAAUGUUUUACUUAUCAUUUUUCUGUAUUUCUUGUGGUGCUUGUUGGUUUUGUUCUAUCUGUUUUAACAACUAUAGAAAGAUUUUCUAGACGUUUAUCAAUAUAUGUUUAUUGGAUUGAAAUACUUCUUGUUCUUUUUUUUGGUGUUGAAUAUCUAUUAAGAUUAUGGUCAGCAGGAUGUCGAAGUAAAUAUAUGGGUAUAUCAGGUCGAUUUCGAUUUGCACGAAAACCAAUUGCUGUUGUCGAUUUAUUAGUUGUUAUUGCAUCAGCAUUAAUGAUUAUUUUAGCUGCUGAUCGACAAGCUUUUGCUGCAUCAGCUAUACGUGGUGUACGAUUUUUACAAAUUCUACGUGUUUUACAUGUUGAUCGACAUGGUGGAACAUGGCGUUUAUUAGGCAGUGUUGUAUAUAUUCAUCGACAAGAAUUGAUUACAACAUUAUAUAUUGGAUUUCUUGCAUUAAUUUUUUGUAGUUAUCUUGUUUAUAUUGCAGAAAAAGAUGAAAAAACUGAUGAAUUACGAAGUAUAAAAGGUAAUGAUAGUCAUUUUGAAACUUAUGCUGAUGCAUUAUGGUGGGGUAUUAUAACAAUAACUACAAUUGGUUAUGGUGAUGUUUAUCCCGUGACUUGGGUUGGAAAAAUAAUUGCUUCUUGUUUUGCUAUUUUUGCGAUAUCAUUUUUUGCUUUACCAGCUGGUAUACUUGGUUCUGGUUUUGCUUUAAAAGUUCAACAAAAACAACGUCAAAAACAUUUCUCUCGACAAAUUCCAGCUGCAGCAACAUUAAUUCAAGCUGCAUGGCGUGUUUAUGCAAGUUCACCUGGUUCAUCAUGUAUUGCAACAUGGAAUAUUUAUUUACAUGCUACUGAUACAUGUUCAACACCAACAGGAAAUAAAUCAUUUUCAGGAAAUCAUCAAACAUUUAGUGAAAGAACAGCAGGAAAACUUCGACAUUUACGUUUAUCAAGUGUACAUCGAAGAAGUCGUCCGAAAAGAACUAGUCAAGGUCCAUCAUCGCCUAAUCUUUUACAUUCAUCUGUUUUCAUUGAUGCACGAGGUUCAGCAUCAUCAGCAUCAAAUGUAACAGUUUCAGAAAAUAAUGAUCAUGAUGAUGAAGAUUUCGAAGAAGAACCAAUUAAACUUUGGUCUUUAACUGAAGAUCAUAAACGAAUGAUACGAUGUAUACGUAAAAUGCAAUUAAUUGUUGCUCGUAAUCGAUUUCAACAAGCAAGAAAACCAUAUGAUGUACGUGAUGUACUUGAACAAUAUUCUCAUGGACAUAUAAAUAUGAUGAUGAGAAUAAAAGAAUUACAACGAAAAAUUGAACAUACAAUUGGUAAACAAGCACCCGUAGCAACUGAAGAUCGUACUAAAUUAACUGUUCUUGCGCGAAUGCAACGUGUUGAAAGUACAAUAAAUAUAAUGGGAGAAACUAUGGGAAAUAUUUUAAAAUUAUUAAAAAUUAUCGAUGAAAAACUUGAUAAAGUUGUACCAAAUGAUAAUCGUUCAACAAAAUCAAUUUUAUCACGAAUGAAUACUACACAAGAAGCAAUACUAUAG